CAUGGAUACGCAGACACACAUCAUGCAUUGAGGACGGCCCUGCCCACGAGCUUGACCGCCACGCCAUAGCCGCUAGAAUCACAGGUGAAGUCAAUCGUCACCGGCUCACCCUCAAAGUGACCCGGAAAGUCACGCACUGCACGAACAAACCAGAAACAAGACCAAUGAGCAUCCCACACGUGUGUCUCUGCUACACAUACGGUCGGUCCUCCUUACUCGCUUCGGUGUGAUACGGGAAGUGGAGUGCGUCGCACAGCUCCCUUGCCAGUGUGGGCUCAUGCGUCUUCAGGUUGAGAAGGACGGCCAGCCGUGUCGGGCCCUCAGGCCCGAAGGCCAGCUGGAGGGCCACUUUCCGGAACAUGAGAAGGCUCAGCACGUCCAAGGCCUCCUCUGGGGGCGGUGAAACCUCCAGGAGCUUAAAAUGCACCAGCGCGUCCGCAACAGACUGCGUACAAGACGGCAGAAGCGCAGAGGCAGAUGCAGAUGAGACACACACAGACAGCUCUCCUCGCAUGUGUCUCAGGUACCUUUGCAAUCAUGGGUUCCUCUUCCUUCCGCCCCGCAAACAGCCAAAGGAACAUGCCCUUGGACGAUCUCUUUCGUGCUCGCACCCCUGUGGUCUCCCCGUGAUCAUGAUGUAUGGUGUUUUGCGGUCUGCUGGCUGGAGACGACCCCAUUGCGGCGGCCAGCCUUACGCGUACCUCCGACAGGCGCACAGAGGAGUCGCCACCCUCCUGGGCAGGGCUGACAGGAGGUAAUGCGGGGUCACUUGGUGGCGCCAGGGGGCUGGAGGGACUAUCUGGGAGGGAGAAGGCAAGGCGAGACUCUGGCUCCGUUGGAAACAACGAGUGGCCGUAGUUGGCUGCUGUGCCACCUACGGAACAAAGAUCGCAAGGAAAGAUAUUGGGUGAUACGUCAGCUGUUUCCGCCCUGGCUGCUGCUCGUCUGACCUUUGGCCAUGAUGGCAUCGACCCAUUCACCGUGGGGGAUGAUGACGCCUGCGACAUUCCACGGCACGGGGGCCUCCAGAGUGUAUCCCGCAUCAAUGGCCGCUAUGUCGAGACCUAUGUUCUUCAGCCGACACCAAAGGCUCAAACGCUUGGCCUGCAACGCAGAAAGGACCGCAUCUCGCCGUACAAUGGAGAGACACACGGCCCUGGGGUGCCUCCCUCGUACCUUGAUUUCCUUCUGCGUAUCGACCAGCUUUUCGAUGGCCCUUGUCGGCAGCUUGGUCUGCGUCACGAAGGCCACCGCCAGCCCCACCAUGAGCGUCUCUUCGCCGCUGAGGGUCACUUCGACUGUCCUCCCAUUGCAGUAGCUCGUCACUAUGCCCCUGAGGCUUCCCGUGUCCUUCUGCACGGCAGGCUCGAACACCAGUCUCUGCCAGGAUGCCCAAAACUCGAGCUGAUCCCUGGACGCUUCCAGCUUCUUGAGCCACUCAUGCACCCGAACCGCACUUAUGUUGCCGAUCUUCUCUUGCGAGCCGAUCGUCUUGCCACGGCCCAGAGAGCUCCUCAGUCGCCUGCCGGCUGAGCCAAGGGACUCGUCAAAACGCCUCUUGCGACGCCGGGUCUGGCUCCUCUUCAAGCUCGAGCCUUUGCUUUGGAGCGUGGUGUUCAGCCCCUCGUCCCUGCCUGACGACAUGAACCCAGACCGCACAGAGGCUGACGACGGCGGACCGCCCCUGCCGAAAAAGGGUAGCCGCAACACUCCAACUCGCGAUGGUGAAGUGACGCUUUCCACUGGGUUUGGCCUCGUGUCGUUGUUUUGGUCCUGGUCUUGGUCUUGGUUAACAGCUGGCGGCUCCUCGCGGUCUGGGAAGCCUUUGGUUUUGAUUUUGUUGGCGAUGCCCUUCGCUACCUUGGCUGUUUUGGCCCUUGAGGGUGGAUCUUGAGUCGCUUGGGACGCCUGGCAACAGCCCAUCGUGUUGCAAGUGGAAGACAGCCGCAAAAAGCAGGCCGAUCGUCGAGAGGACGCGGCUUUGUGGAUGGGAUCGGAUGAAUGGAUGGACAGGUAGGUCCAGCAGAUGGACGUUCGCUG